AUGAUGCUCCAAAUAAAUAGAGCUCAACCAUCUUUGAUUCAAUUACCACUUAGAUUAUUUGGAACUAAUAAUAAUCCAAGCGAUGAACUAACUAAGAAAGUAAAGACCCCGAAAGUCAAAGUAGCAAAAGAAUCUAAAAAAUCAACCAAAAAGUCUGAUGAAUCAGAAAAAGUAAUUGUCAAAGCUGAUACAAAGGUGAGGAAAGGAAAAAAUAAAGCAAAGUAAGGUAUUGAAAUAGAGAAAGAUCUAGAAACCAUUCCAGUCAAGCAAGAGUAUCAACUAUACACAUUAAAGUUCAAUUCUCCAAUACUCCCCUUUGCAAAGUUUCCACUUACUCAAAACAAAUACAUCUAAGAUUUCUUAAGAAAAUACGAGGAAGACAAAGACAAGAUAACAAAAGUUAUCGGAGUUCACUUCUAAAAUAACAGUAAUGAUAACGCUGUCAGCACUGUAGGAAUUGAAAUAGAAAUUGCAAAGAAAAAUAACAUUACAAUUGUAGAGUCAAACUCAAGCAAGAGAUAUGUGAUUAAAUCAUAUGAUGAAGUCUCUAAUUUCUGUAUGGCAGAGGACUAUGAAGAUUAAUUAAUGGCUUAACCCUAACAAAAUAAUGAAAUUGAUCCCAAAUACAAAGAUCUCCUUCUGUCAGAACUAUAUGAAUUGAAAAAUUUAUGGUUUAUGUUCAAUAAAAAAAUCAAUUCUAUGCUUGUCGUACUUCCUCAAGAAAUUCUAAAUAGAUAUGAUAUGGUCGCGAAAACUCUAUAGCCACCUGUAUUCGAUGUAGCUAAAUUUCCAUUUGAAGGAAAUUUUCUUGAUACUUUCAAUGAAGUAGUCUAUAAAUUAGCCUAAUACUACUUCUCUAUUUUCUAGGCAAUUUUUAGUAAAGACAAUGAUGCUGUGAGACCCUAAAUUUAAGAGUUCUUAAACAUUCAGGAUCCAGUUCUAAGAUCAAGAAAAAUUAUCUACUUAUUUGAAGAGCUACACUCUGUUAUUGAUAAAAAAUUAUACUACGUUCAAAAGACAGCUGAUGAAUUCAAAGAUAGAUCAAAGACAACAAUUUUGGAAAAUGCAUACUAAAAAGUAUUGGAAGACUCAAAGUAAUCCGAGAAAUCGAAAUUCUCUGAGAAACUUAGCGCAAUAAAAAAUAUGCCUGAAGCAACUCGAAAGCAAAUUCAAGAGGAGAUAAAUUCUUUAGAGUAAAAAAAUGAUAUGGAUUCAGCUAGGAAAAUAUAAUAUUUGAAUCAAGUCUUCAGAUUACCUUGGGAUAAGAGAGUUGAACCAUUUUGGGAUGUAUAAUUCUCAAAGUAAGUGAUUGAAAAGACACAUUAUGGAAUGAGAGAAACAAAAGAGAGAAUAUUAGAAUUUAUUGCAAAGAAUAAGAGAGUCAAUUCAUAAAAGGGUAUGGUUCUACUUUUAACAGGUCCACCAGGGGUUGGUAAGACAACUAUUGCUAAAUCUAUCGGAGAAUGCCUAAAGAGACCAACUACAGUUAUCUCUAUGGGUGGUUAAAAUGAUCCUAUUCAUGUUAAAGGAUCUAAAAGAACUUAUGUGGACUCUUAGCCUGGAGUAUUCGUUAAAGAGAUGUAAAAAUUAGAGUGUAAAAAUCCAGUAUUUGUUAUUGAUGAGAUUGACAAAAUAGGUUUUAAUUCACUGAAGGGAGAUGUAUCUUCUACACUUCUUGAAUUACUAAAUCCUGAAUAAAGCAAUACAUUUAGAGAUAACUAUCUUGAUAUUGAGUUCGAUUUUUCUGAAUGUAUUUUCAUUUGUACAUCAAACUCAACUGCUCAUAUGCUCUAACCAUUAUUAGACAGAAUUGAGAUUAUUCAUGUUCCUGCUUAUCUUCCUAUCGAAAAAAUUUAGAUUGCAUAACAAUAUUUGAUUCCUAAAUUUUAGUCUGAAUAUGGCUUUGAUAGAUAAACAAGUAUGGAUGAUAUAAUGAUAACUCAAGCUGCAUUGAUUAAAAUGGUCAAUAAUUACUGCGCUCAUGAGGCUGGUGUGAGAAACUUAAGAAAAUGCAUCGAUAGAAUAUUCAGAAAGGUUGUUGCUAAGAUAGAAGGCAAAAAAAUUGCGAUCUCUGAAUUAGACUCUGGUCUAAACUAAGAUCCUCACGUAAAUGAUAUAUAAGUCGAACAGUAACAAUAAUAAUUGCACUAAGUUACUGAAGGUGCAGCAUCUAUAGAUCAAAGCUAGGAUUUAUCAGUUUAUAAAGAGGAGGUUCCUGAAAAAGUUAUAAAGGAAUAUUAAAUAAAUACAAAAAAUUUGGAGGUCUUCUUAGAUGUUCCCUAAACAGAUGAUAAUUAUUACUAUGGUAUAAACUAGGAGUUACCUUGUGGAUCAGCAAAUGGAUUAGCGUAUGUUGAUGAUGGCUAUGGUACAGUAUUAAAAAUUCAAUUUGUCAAAAAAGAAUAUGGGAAAAAAGAAGUAAAAGAAGAUGAAGAGGGGAAAAGUGCUCCUUAAGGACAUUUAACUCAUACAGGUCGUUUGGGAGAUGUAAUGAAAGAGAGUGUUGAAGUGGUCAAAAUUGCAGUAUUCAAUUAUCUCACCAAGAAAAACAUCGCAAAAGAUUUUGAUAAGAAUAACUAUCACUUACAUGUGCCUAUGGGAGCGAUUCCAAAGGAUGGUCCAUCAGCUGGUAUUUCACUCUUUUCAGCUUUGGUAUCAAUUGCUACUUAAAGACCAGUUAUGAAAAAUCUUGCAUUAACUGGUGAACUUACUACUCUAGGUGAGGUUAUAAGUAUUGGAGGAGUCCGAGAAAAACUUACAGCUUGCAAAAAUCAUUAAAUAACAAGAGUCGUAUUACCUGCCAGUAAUAAAAAGAAUGUAACAUAGCUUCCUGAAGAGUUCAAGAGAGGAUUCACAAUUUUCUAUGUCAAAAAUAUUGAACAAGUUAAUAAAAUCUGUUUUGAAUCUAGUGAUGCAAUCGAAAGAAAGGACUUUAGGGAACUUAGAGAAAUGGGCAUCGAUAUUGACAUAUUUGAAGAUGAUCAUAGUAGUAAAGUCAUUAUUGACUCAGAAAUCAUUCUUAAGAGAAACUUUAUUGAGGAACUCCUUCAGUGA